UGCAAACUGAGCAUUACUUUAAAAUCCUUUGCCUCCAAACGAGUUCCCAAUCACUUCCGGAUGCUUGGAAUAAAGCCAGGCCCAGACCUCGCCCACUCUCCCGUCUUCAUCGUCUCAGAGCGUCAGCAAAACUCCGCCCAAAAUGUCGGAGCCUCGUCCGCUCCAAACCCUUCCACCGGACAACACAUUCCAAUCGCCCCUCCUAAACCCUAACCCUAAUCCUUCUACUUCUCGCUCUCCAGCAUCUCAGCCAUGGCAGAAGGUCGCUCGAGCCUGGCUCUCCACCAUGCCGAAGAACCACAACCCCACGGCCGGCGAGAUCGACUCCUGGAUCGAUUCGAACCAGGGCGGCCUACCGGAGGAUUUCAGAUCACUCCCCCGCCCCGAGCUCCACAGGUGGCUCCUCUCCCUCCACAACCGCGCCCCGAGUCUCCACCAGGUGGAAGCGAGCGGCCGGGUGGAUUUUCCCUACCGAUUCCAGCGCACGGACCUUUGGGCAGCCAGUUUACAAAUGGUUGGAAUCGCUGGAUAAGGAUGUCUUGGUAAGUGGUAAAGAAAUCUCGGAGUGGCUGUCGGCGAACCCAUCGGUCAUGGAAAGGUUGUUCUCGAAGCAUUCUCAGUACCAUAUGAUGCACUACAUUCAGAGAAUGCACUUGAAGCUGCUGAAGAAGAGGGGAAAAUUA